AUUGCCGUUGGCGAUGUCAUUGACCUGGAAGGAUUCGGUGGCGAGGUGCAGACCAAUGAUGGCGAGAAGACCACUUUGAAGAAGCUGGUCGAUGACAGCAAGAGUGGCGUUGUCCUCUUUACCUAUCCCAAGGCCUCGACUCCCGGAUGCACUACCCAAGUGUGCCUCUUCCGUGACUCGUAUGAGCCUCUGACUGCCGACGGCCUUGCCAUCUACGGUCUGAGCACGGAUUCGCCCAAGGCCAACACCACCUUCAAGGAGAAGCAGAAGCUGCCCUAUCCCCUGCUUUGCGACCCCCAAGCCACCCUGAUUGGUGCCAUUGGGCUCAAGAAGCAGCCCAAGGGAACCCAGCGCGGAGUCUUCGUCAUCAACAAGGAGGGCAAGGUCCUUGUUGCCGAGCCUGGCGGCCCUGCUGCCACGGCGGACAGGGUCAAGGCUCUGGUCGAGGAGUUGAAGGGCAAGAACUGA